GAGGAAGCUUGCGGAACACUGGAAGAGAAAGCGUCGCUUGAAUGUGAAAGUAGGAAGAGUGAACGUCUGACCGAGGACCGCUGCCGCCCAGCGCCACCCUGCUACCGCGCCCCGCCUCCAGCCUCCAGCCUCCAGCCUCCAGAACCACGACCACACCACCCGCACUCCACACUACCACAGACCAACAGUCCGGUGCAAGGGGAAGUGAAGUCACCAAACGGUUUGACAACUUAUAAGUCGCCAUCCGGUUUGGCGACUUACCCCAACCCGGAUUAAACCCACCGAGUAGAGCGGAUUUUGCAGUUCAGUGUUUGAGAGAGAAAGGCGAAGGAGAAAGGAUGGGUGGAGUUGUUAAGGAGUUGAAAUCAAAGGAAGAGCUUAACAAGGUUAUCGCCGAUGGGUCGCCGGUGGUUGUGCACUUCUGGGCCACAUGGUGUGAGGCUUCCAAGCACAUGGACCAAGUCUUCUCCCACCUCUCCACUGAUUUCCCUCAUACUCACUUCCUCAGGGUUGAAGCUGAAGAGCAGCCAGAAAUUUCAGAUGCAUAUUCAGUCUCAGCAGUUCCUUAUUUUGUUUUCUUCAAGGAUGGCAAAACCGUAGAUACACUGGAAGGCGCUGAUCCAUCUGCUCUGGCCAACAAGGUUUCCAAAUUUUCGGGGAAAAUAACACCUGGAGAACCUGCUGCUCCAGCUAGCCUAGGAAUGGCUGCUGGGGCAACUAUUAUAGAGACAGUGCAAAACCUUGCCAAAGACAAUGCCACUUCUUCACAAGUUGAAAGCCGAUCACCUGAACCAUCUGGCCUGAGUGCUGCACUAAAAACCCGUCUUGAAGGCCUGGUUAAUUCUUGCCCAGUUAUGCUUUUUAUGAAGGGAAAGCCUGAGGAGCCCAAAUGUGGGUUCAGUCGCAAAGUAGUGGACAUCCUUAAGCAUGAGAAAAUUGAUUUCAAGAGUUUUGACAUCCUCACAGAUGAUGAAGUUCGCCAAGGACUGAAAGUCUACUCCAACUGGUCAAGCUAUCCUCAACUUUACCUAAAGGGCGAGCUCAUUGGUGGGUCUGAUAUUGUAUUAGAGAUGCAAAAGAGUGGGGAGCUCAAGAAGGUUUUGCUUGAGAAGGGUAUUAUCGGGAUAGAUGAACGGUUGAAGGAAUUGGUGAGUUCUUCUCCUGUGAUGCUUUUCAUGAAAGGUUCACCGGACGCUCCGAGAUGCGGCUUUAGCUCGAAGGUGGUAAAGGCUUUGAAUGAGGAGGGGGUUGAGUUUGGGUCAUUUGAUAUAUUGACCGAUGAGGAAGUGAGGGAGGGAUUGAAGGCAUUCUCCAACUGGCCGACAUAUCCGCAGCUCUACUACAAAGGGGAGCUGAUUGGUGGCUGUGACAUAAUUUUGGAGUUGAAGAACAAUGGUGAGCUCAAGUCUAUUCUAUCUGAAUAAGUAUUAAUCAUUUACAUAUAUAAAGAGAAUGAUUUCUGCCUGGCUUGCUUUGCUUUGCUUUGCUUUGCUAAAUAGUAGUUGAACAAUAUCCGAGAUGCAAGGCAUAUUGUGGACUAUCACCUAGUGUUCUCCAUUUUUGGUUAUGUUUUUGGUCCAAGCACUGUGUUUGAUUUGAACAAAAGUUUAUAACUUCCCCGUGUCCCUGUGCGGGCUAUUACAAAUUGUGAUGACGUCUUAAAAUCAGUCUAGUUUCUUUGAACGUUAAUCCUUUAGCUAUAUGUUAGCAGCUUCCUCCGUCUUAUACACUUUCUGUCAUGCUCAGUCCAAGAUAUUUACUGUAUAAAUUUCGGUAAGAUCUAGUUUAUGCAACUCAUUAGUUAUUUAGUUCUAUUUACAUUUUUAAUUAUUUAUUAUUAUG